AUGGCGAAGAAAGCAGCAAAAACUCUGGCCACCCGCAACGGCGCAGUUCUUAACCGGACUCAUCUGAUCACUGUAUCAUUACACAUACUCUACCUCCUCCUACACUUUAUAUUCCAGCGUCCUCGUUCAUUGAAACCUUAUUUUUUCCUGGCUGUUCCUACUCUGGCCAUUGAGUUCUAUUUGGACCGUGUUGGCCGCCCAACAUUCAAUGAGGAUGGUUCCCUGCGCUCCGCCGGUGAAGAUCUCAGCGCUACUGGUCUUACUGAAUACAUGUGGGAUGUCCUGUACUGGACCGAGGGCUGUAUUGCUGCUGUGUGUAUCUUUAACGACAGAGCUUGGUGGCUUUGGGUUGUUGUUCCGUUAUACUCGGUCUAUCUGGUAUACACCACUGUUAUGGGAGUGAAGAAGGGAUUCUCUGGCAUGGGUGGUGCUGGCGCUGGUGGUGAUGGAGAAGACUAUGAAGGGCCUAAGAGCAAGACCCAGUUGAAGAAGGAGAAGCGGGGUGAUAAGCCACGACCAAAGAUGAUGCGCUGA